GCGACGCCUAUUGGCCACUAGUUGUCGAAACAGCUUCAUUUGGUAACAAAUAACUGUGCGAUCGUUAAAGUGACCUAUGGGCUUUCUGUCUGGAACACUCAGUCUUUAAUCACACCUCCAAGUUGAGCUGAUCAUCCUCAGCAUCACCCGCCGGGUCAGGUCGCAAGGGGACUAUGUAACCCAAACGAGUUGUGUUUGUUUGGGAUUGUUUUAGGAAGGGCGUCUCCUGUGGAUUUCGAUUAUUGGCACCUGUGUGUGUUUUCCAUCAGCUUGUUGCGAGCAAAAACCACUUUGACGUUAUCGCCGUUGACCUCAUGUUUCCAGUUUGGCAGAAGUCCACUGUACCUGGUCCGCACUUGUUUUGAAUCAUGCUGACCAACUCAGGUCCAGUGGCCAAACUUUACUUGUCCAUUAUUGAUGAUGUGAUUGAGAGUGUGAGGGAGCUCUUCAUGGAUGAAGGGAUUGAAGACCGUGUCCUGGAUGAUUUAAGACAUCUUUGGGAGACAAAGAUGAUGCAGUCAAAAGCAAUGGAAGACUUCAGGAAAAACAACCUCAACUCAUCCAACUUUGUGCUCCAGCUCCCUGCCAACUACAGUCAGGCUGAUCAAGACCUCCCAGCCUCUGUUGUGAUCCCUGCAAGUCAGAAUAUCCAAAGAUUCCCUGUCAAGGCAAGUAACAUCUCAGAACCACUUACUACAUUUUCUCUUCCUGCUGGGUUAGCUUACCCUGUGCAGAUACCAGCAGGAGUCACUCUACAAACCGCCUCUGGCCAACUUUACAAGGUCAAUGUUCCUGUUGUGGUUACUCAGGCCCCUGGAGUUCAGCAACUUGUAUCCCAGCCCACACAGAAAGCCACUGAAUGGAGAGAAGCUCCUGCCUCUCAGUCAGCUGCAGUCCCACCAAACACCAUUCAUCCUCAGGAAGUGGAGCCAUCUGCUGUCACGCAGCCGCCGCAGGCCAAUUUGCCACCCAUCCAGGAGAACAGCCUGCCCCAGCAGCUACGAGUUCCUGAUGGUGAAGCCUCGCAGCUUCAGGGGGCCCUCUGUCCACAGCCUGAGGGCACACUAGAAGAAAGGGAGCCUAGUCCACAACCUGAACCUGUGGACCUCAGUAUGACCGUGUCCCCCUGCAGUCAUUUAUUAGACUCCCAGAUCAGCACCGAGACAGCACAGUUAAAGACUAGAGACAUUGAUGACAUCCUGAAAGAAGUGAUUGAGGUGGAGCGAGAGAAAGCACAAAGAGCAAGGAACCUAGCCUCUGCAAAGACUGAUGACCAGUCUGAGGCUGUUCUCGGGCUGGACCUGGACUACAACUACAGUGACCUGUCAGAGAUAGUUCAGCUGGACGGUCCUGCAGACAACUCUGACAUCGAGGAGGAAGAGGAAGUUCCCUUGGAAGAGAAUGAUUUUCUGGGGCUAAUUAACGCAGAGGCCAUAAAGGCCCUGCAGGAAGGAGAUGGAAGCGGUGACGGCAGCAGCAUCUCCUCCGGCAGCGGCGGCGAGGAGGAAGCAUAUGAAAUCGCUGAUGUAGAGGAAGAUGAUCCUUUGAAUUCGGGUGACGACGUGAUUGAGCAGGACAUCCCAGAUCUCUUUGACACUGACAACGUAAUCGUUUGCCAGUAUGACAAAAUUCAUCGCUGCAAGAACCGCUGGAAGUUUCAUUUGAAAGAUGGAGUGAUGUGUUACAGAGGCAGGGAUUAUGUGUUCUCUAAAGCUGUCGGGGAAGCUGAGUGGUAAUGUGCUUUAGCUCUCUUGAACAGAUCAGAUAAUCAUGUAGAAAGAGGGGAAAUGAUUUAAAAUGGAAAAACAAGCGGCGAAUUUAGAGCUCAUGGUGGUAAAGUGCCACUUUUUUCAUUAUGUAAUUAUCAGAGCAAAUCAAUACAACCAAAUAUUUACAACAUUGUGUGUUAAAUUUACUGAGACACACAACGUGUAUUUAAGUUGUACAGUAGCUGUUAAAAUGAGUUUUCUUUAAUAUGAAGUAAAACAUUAUUUGGCGUGGGGUUUUCCUUCUGUCAUGACCAUGUUGCUGUGGAGGUCCCUGUUGUCCUGUUUGAUUUUUGCCUGUAAUCGCACAUCAAAUACACUGAAUUAUACUGUU